UAUGGGCCGCACCAGUACUGGAGAGCGGCUGGUGUGUGAACGAGAGCGGGUAGUCAGCCACUGUACCACAAUCACUCCAAACCGAGAGGCUGAGUCACGUAUGCACCGAUUGGUGGUAAUGAUCAAGAUGGAAGCAGAAUCAAAUUCACAAACCGUGACGGUUUUGCAUAUGGCCGACUAAGGUCACAGGACUGUGUCAGUGUAAAUAGAGAAGUGGGGACGUACGUGUGUUGUGUACAUGUAGAUUGUUAGUGUUUACGUAUGUGUUUAUGGAAUAAUCCGGUGAACGUGCGUUAGUAUACAUAUGUCACUACCGUUGUCAGAGGAAGGACUUCCGUUUCGUUAAUUAUACCGUAAUUGUGAUGAUGGAAAACAAAGUAGGAUUGAUAGUGCGAAGGAAUAUACAUGUAAUGUCUUACUGGACGGUGUGACGUCUGGGCAACCGACUUGACACCUGUCACAUAGUGUGAUUAUAGCAAUCACGUCAUUGGAGACCGCAGACGGAAUCCUGUCGCCGAGAACAGCUGGUAUCGAUCUCUUGACAGAUCGAUUGACGGCUGAUUGGGAUCGAUAUUUAAGUGAUUGGAACUGCCAGGUAAACGUAUACCUGUUAAAGGUGAUACGUGGAUGCGGGACGGACUUGUUUACACCUGCUAUAGCCAACAGGGAUAUAGCGACUAGGUAGGCCAGUGUAGAAGUAUCCUCACUUCGGGGUGCAUCAGUUUCCAUGGCGGCCCGGGGUGAACCAGAUGCCCAGCUCGACCCCCCGGGGUCACUGGCCGCACCCACAGUUCAGGGAUUACCCAGGGGGUGGUCCCCCACCCGGACACGAGAGGAAGGUUGUGAUAUGACACCCCUACAAUGUAGAUCACAUAGACAAUUCUGUGUAUAUUUGUGGUGUAUAGUGCUUUUCCUUACAAUUUUGGAAUGUUCUGCAAACAGCUACCGCGAGAAUGAAGCUACAGCCGUGAGUUACCUCAAGCGCUAUGGAUAUCUCAAGGGCGCGAAUACGGAAAUGACGCAAAACCUGAUGUCACAGGAAGAUCUCACAGAUGCCAUCAAGAGGCUACAACGGAAAGGCAACCUCAGUCCGACAGGAAUCGUCGACCAACGGACGAUCGCCCUAAUGAGCAGGAAGCGUUGUGGUGUCCCGGAUGAGGAUGAGUCUACGGACGAUUACGGACGGCGCCGGAAACGCUACGUGUUAUCUCAUUCCUCAUGGAAAAAGAAAGAUCUUACCUACAGAAUACUUAAUUAUACACCUGACAUGCCAAUGAAGCAAACGAGACGGGCGAUAUACGAGGGGUUCCAAGUAUGGAGUGACGUCACCAACCUCACUUUUACGGAGGUACCGAACGGCGUGGCUGACAUCAUGAUCAAGUUCGCACACAAAUUUCACCAAGAUGGCUACCCUUUUGAUGGACAAGGGUUGAUCCUGGCGCAUGCGUUCUACCCCGGGGAGGAAAAAGGAGGUGACACCCAUUUUGAUGACGAUGAGCACUGGACGUAUAACUCUGAAGAAGAAGGUGUGGACCUGUUCAUGGUGGCUGCUCACGAAUUCGGCCACGCCCUUGGACUGGGUCAUAGUAACGAGCCCGGGGCCCUCAUGUAUCCCUGGUACCAGGGCUACCAGGCAAACUUCCGGCUUCCGCAGGAUGACGUCAUCGGAAUUCAGGCACUUUACGGUGCCCGACCGCGUCUGCCUCCUUCCAAAGAUCGACCGACCCAACGUCCUCCAGAGCGCGUGACUCCCCGAAUCCCAAGGCCCCGACCUACUCCCCGACCUCGCAACCCCGUGACUCCCCGACCACCUUACAACGGGGACUCGAUUGAUCCUUGCAGCACACCAUUCGAUGCCAUCGCUGUUCUUCGCGGAGAGCUCUUCCUCUUCAUCGGCGAGUACUUCUGGAGACAGACAGAUCAAGGAUUGAUCGGCCGGGAGAAAAUCAGUCUACAUUCCUUCUGGAUGGGUAUGCCCCACGAAGUGGACCAUAUAGACGCCGUGUUUGAGCGACUCAACGAUCAGAAAAUCAUCUUCUUCAUCGGUGACCGGUACUGGGUUUACAACAGUAACUCGCCUGUGGCACGGUUCCCACCGGAAGGACGUCCCAUUACCGAGUUUGGCAUCCCGCCAGACGUGAAGAAGAUCGACGCGGCUUUUGUGUGGAGUUACAACUCUCGGACCUACCUGAUCAGCGGUGACAUGUACUGGAAACUUAAUACCGAGAACAACCAUAUCGAAAUGGACUACCCCCGGGAUAUGAGUAUAUGGCGAGACGUGCCCGUCCCCGUCAGCACGGCAUUCCAGUACAAAACAGGUCCCAAAGACAAAAGCAGAACCUACUUCUUUAAGGACGACAAGUUUUAUCUGUUUUAUGACGACAAGAUGCGCGUGAAGCAGGGCUACCCCAAGAGUAUACGUGAUGAUUGGUGGGGAUGUAAGCGGCGGGUAGCCGCGAUCUCCAAAUAUGGAGACCCGGAGAAAUACAACGGAAAUACUGCCCACAGCGCCACCACCGGUCUGCUCACAACUGUGAUAUGUGUAUGUUUAGCAUUCAUUGGUCGAUAAACUAUGUUUAGCGUUCAUUGGUGGAUAAACCAUGUUUAGCAUUCAUUGGUUGAUAAACUAUGUUUAGCAUUCAUUCGUCGAUAAACUAUGUUUAGCGUUCAUUGGUCGAUAAACUAUGUUUAGCGUUCAUUGGUCGAUAAACUAUGUUUAGCGUUCAUUGGUCGAUAAACUAGUUGAUUAGAACUUGCUUGAUAAAAACACUGGCUUUUAUUAGAUACAAGGUGAAAUCGUCAAACUUGAGGUAUGGAGGGCCGUAAUGAUAAAAAAUAUCACAUUGUUUGGGUAUACAGAUAUUUUUGUACAAGAUUGAUACAUACUGCGCUAUGAACAUGAAGUGUAUGCCUAUAUUUGGUCAUAAGUGCCCAGAUCUCUUCAAGAAAGAUCUUGUUAUCACCUUGUAAGGUAACUUUUGAAUUGUUAUAACAUCAAUAUCUAAUGACGUUACCCUCACGUGACCCCAUAUAUCGCCAGUCAAAGACGGAUCCCAAAUAUGUUUUUGAAAACAUUUCAAUAUGAAAAAAAUCAUGAGAGGGGGGGCCUAGCUUAGACCUCUUACUAUUGUAAGUUGACAUUUUUCAAACUCAAUCGUGACGUUAUUUUUUUUUAAUGCUGUCAGAAUUCUGAAAAAAAUAUGAAGAUUUUAUAUGACAGGUAGACAAUUUUAUUUUUCAUUUCAACAAAAUAAAUUCAAAAUUUUAUGAAUAGUAUUGAAGAACAGGGUACUCUUUUGAUGACCACCUUGACUGAAUUCAAGAUGAAUUCUUAUAACCGACAAUGGUUAUAGAAAACACUGCCACCAUACUUACAUACAUACAAUUGAUCGUAGACCUAGGUGGUCUUGUUCAGAUGACGUUCAGUUUUCAACUCUGCUCUGGAUAGCCAAUAUAUCUUUAGCCAGUUGUAAGCGUCCGGAGGACAAGUUUCCAUGUCCAGUAUAGACAGGCGUCGGUGUCCGAUAUAUACCAAAGUGAUAGGACCGCUUGUGAAAUUCACAAAACAGUUCCAAUAUAUCCAUAUUAGGGGCCCGUUUAUGUGAACAUUGUGCUAACAUGCUAGGAAAUGUUACAACGUUGCUUGUGUCAUUUAUUUUUAGAAAAUAUCGGACCAUGUCAUUUUCAAGUACCUUGCACUAAUUUUGUUUCUAUGCAAAAGUAAGCCUAGCCAGCCUUAGCACAGCCUUCCGCGUAGGGAUUAUGGCUCUUGUACGUUAUUGUGAGCGUAUAGGUUGUUUUCUCUACCAACACGUACACUGGUGUUAUCAAUACGUAACUUAGUGUAUCUGAUAGUGUUCGCUAUCACGUGCGUCCUGACGUCACUUACGCGUGCACGUGUCUUUUCAUUCCAGUCACCUCCCUAAAUCUGUAACGGUGACCUCUCACCUUUCUCAUCACAAACAACACGCAAGUAUCUUCUAACCAGAUUUCAUUCUUUUUGAAAUUCUACGCACGGACAUAAGUCCCCCACCCUUGUCUUAUCACAGUCCCUCCCCACACAGACCCGCCCCCUUAUAUCCCCCGCCCACCUCACAGGCCCUCCCCUAAUGUAUAGCCCAAACUUAGUAUCCUCUAUAUUUGAUACCUAUUGUUUUUAACUUCCUUAUAUUUAAAGUCUUGCCAUUCUGUUUGUUAUGAAAUCCUUGUACCGAGUGCCCUUGUGACGAUAAUCAUUAUAUUCAUUAUAUAACACAGAAACGGUUGUGAUUUCAAUAUAACAUGGUGUUAUAACUACAUCCGCGUGCGUUUUGUAAGAAUGGGAGGUUUAUGUUACUCCUGUACUUAAAGUAGUGCCGAAUGACAUAUAUUUAUGGUCGCCCGUAGCUUUUAUAUGCACUGCCUCGCUUCAAAGGAUACAUCGCAUAAUAUUGUUUAACUUUGUAAUAAUGAAAUUUCAUAACAAAGAUAUAUCGCAUUGUUUCCAAAUAAUUUAUACUUAAAGACCGAGCGAAAGGUGAUUUUACUUCAGACCUUGAAGUUAGUUUACACUUUUAGAAGUAUUAAGAGAGAGAGAAAAAAACACUUUUCGUGAUACCAAUGUCUUCUUUUUUUUGGUACAUAUCCCAAAAGGAACAUCGAAAUCCAAAACACAGCCUUCAAUUUUAGACUGGUGUAAAAGCUAUUUCUCGAUUGCCUUACUCGCUGAUGUUGGUAUUGUUGCCUAAUACUCAUUUUUGUUAGCAUUAUUUAUUAUUGAUCAUGUUGAUUUCGUUUGGUGCCAAUUAGCUUUUUAAUGAGUGUUUGAGAUUUGUGUUUGUCCUAUGACACAAACCAUUUGUGCCAUAUUUCCGUUGCCCAGAGUUAUUGCAUGCCGGGAGACAAAGGGAAGACAACUCUGGUUUAUGUUAUUUGUAACUGUGAUAUUGUCGAUGAAUGAAAGCGCCCGUAAGACUUCGUUGUCUACUGAACGUUGAUUAUAAUAAUUGAGAACAAUGAAAGUUUUAUUUCAUGUACAUCCGGUUAUGAUAACCAAACCCAGCUUCUGGUUACUUAACGGAAGUGAGCGCGGUAUUAAGGUCAGUUCACGUGGCCGUUUGUCCUAAGUAGCUCUCUCCACAUCAAAGAGAAAUUUUGUCAGGGUGAAGUACAUGCUUUAAAAGUCCGAUAAAAACAAGCGUACAUUAAACCUAGCAGCAGGGAGUGCUGUUAUACAGUCAACGCGACCUGUUUUUUUAAGACAACACAGCUGUUUUCGUUAAUAUCUUCCAAAUAUCUAUAUCAAUUAAUUUAUCGUUUUAAAACAAUUGAUGAUCAAAUUUAUACACAUUUAACGCUACAUGCACUUCAAUAAAAUCACUACUGUGUCUUACCAGACAACCCUGUUCAUAUUCUUCAGUAAAUGUUUUGUAAAGUAGCAAAUACGAUUUAUCCAGCCGAAUAGUGAGAGCGCAUGCGUGAAUGUGUACUGAAAGGCCAACACAUGUUUGUCUGUGAGGAUGAUUGUAUCGUGUGUGUGUGAGAGAGAUUGUGGUUUAUAUAUUACUUACACUGGAACCAGUUUACACUACAUCAGUGUAACACGGUGUAAUUCAGUCAGUGUAAUAUUACCAUGGAGUUUAGUGCAAUACUUUGUCAUUAGAUGUUGAUAAUCUUUGAGUGAUGAUAACUUUAUGCUCCAAAGAAUACUGUAAAUAUUUUUGUUGUCCAUUUGGAUUUAUUAUUAUUAAUUUGUAAAAUUGAUUACGUCAAAUAACAAU